CGUCCUGAACAGGACAGUAGAGAUCUCGGGGAGGAGGGGGAAAAUGGGCAUUUGAUAGGGUAGAAAGGGGAUGGCUUGAAAUGUGAUGUGUGCAGCCCCUGCCGCUUAGGAUACCUGUUGGCCACAGAGUCCUUGGGGUACUUCUUCAGUGCCAGGCUGGUCUGUGGUCUCUUGGGAGGGAGUACCUGCUGGACCAGGUGGGAUUUUCAAGGGCUGGGUUCAGCAGCCCAGCAAUUCUACCUGGCCGUGCAGCAUCUCAAACAGCUGCUGCAAGCAGAGGCCCAAAUGGUGCAUCCUGUUUGCCCCAGGAUCCCGCCCUGGGAUUUGCUUCCUUUUGCCAGCAAAUAUGUCCCAGUGCUGGAAUCAAGAAUCGAGAGAGCUUCUCUUCUCCCAACAGGCCGUUCUGGCGGGAUGGGAAACAUCAAAACCUUUGGGGAUACGUACCAGUUUGCCGUGGAUGUCAGUGACUUCUCCCCCGAAGACAUUAUCAUUACCACAUCCAAAAACCAGAUUGAAGUGAGGGCUGAGAAGCUAGCAGCUGAUGGGACCAUCGUCAACACAUUCACCCACAAAUGCCAGCUCCCUGAAGAUGUGGACCCCACAUCGCUCACUUCCACCCUGGGGGCAGACGGCUGCCUGACCAUCAAGGCACGGAGAGGUCCAGCCAAGCCAUCUGAGCAAGUGCAGCAAACCUUCAGGACUGAAAUUAAAAUCUGAGCUCCCGGAGCAGUUCGGGAGAGCGGGCAGGGAGCCAGGUUGGGCUGGGUGGGGGGGUGGAAAGCAGAUCUGUCCUUGUGUUCCCCGUCAAUAAGAGAUGUUUUGGUUUGUCAUCCAUGACUGAAGGUUAAAGGGAUGCCAGCAAAGCGGGUCAAAGCUGCCCUUCCCCCUCCCUCCCUUUGAAAGGGGAAAUAACACCAUCGCUUUUUGCCAGCAAAGGAACAGCAAAGCUGGAAGGCAGCUGGAGCUGAAUUUUCCAGGUCUGCAGCCAGCAAUUUAAUGUUUUGAAGUGUUGCUAAAAAAAAAAAAAAAAAAAGAGGAUGAGAUAAGAAAUUUAUACGAUAGGAAGCCCAUCGCACAGCAGCAAAGUUUACCUCUAGUGAACUUGUCUAGGAUUACUGCGUACCUCUUGAAGCAUUCAAGUUAAAACAUUAACACGUUCAUAAGGCUAGAUUCAGGGUUUAUUUUUUCCCCUCUCCCCCACCCCGUCUUUGCACCUCACCUCCAAAUCCAGCUACACCCACAAGUUGGGAAGAAGAAAAAAAACCAAACUGUUGAGGGGAAUGAAACGAUGUAAAACGAAUGUAAACUUUUAAUUAUAGGAAAAGUAACUUUCUUGCAAGUCGUGCGCUGACUUUUG